UCGGACGGCUCGAGGGGGAGGGGAAAAGGGCGGUCGCGGGGAGGAGCCGGAGCCGCCGCCGCCGCGGCCGCCGAGUCCCGGGGCCAUGUCCGGAGGAGGAGGGGACGGCGGCGGAGGCGGCCCGGAGCCGGGCUUUAAAGGCGCACCGUGAGGGCUCGGGCGGCCCCUGAGCCGGGGGCUCCGGCGAAGCGACAAAGGAGCAUGGGGGGCUGCUGCCCGCUCCCCGGGGCCACGAGGAUCCGGGCGCUGCCGCCCGCCCGCGGGCAGCCCGGGCGCUGAGCCCCCGCCGUGCCCGGCCCGAGCAUGGAGCGGCGCCUGCUGCUCGGCUGGCUGCUCUGCCUGGGCGCCGCCGCUCUGCCUCCGGGCUGCAAGCAGGACGCCCGGCCUAAGAGCGCGGGCAAGUCCGCGGCGGGCCCGGAGGGCAAGGUGGUGUGCAGCAGCCUGGAGCUGGCGCACGUCCUGCCGCCCGACACGCUGCCCAACCGGACGGUCACCUUGAUUUUGAGCAACAAUAAAAUAUCAGAGUUGAAAAAUGGUUCAUUUUCUGGGUUAAGUCUUCUGGAAAGAUUGGACCUGAGAAACAAUCUUAUUAGUACUAUAGAUCCAGGUGCUUUUUGGGGGCUUUCCUCUUUAAAAAAAUUGGAUUUGACCAACAACAGAAUAGGAUGUUUGAAUGCAGAUAUAUUUAGAGGACUCACAAAUCUUGUUAGAUUAAAUCUUUCAGGAAAUUUGUUUUCUUCAUUAGCACAAGGAACUUUUGAUUAUCUUGGCUCCUUACGGUCUUUAGAAUUUCAAACUGAGUACCUUUUGUGUGAUUGCAAUAUCUUGUGGAUGCAUCGGUGGGUAAAAGAGAGAAAUAUCACUGUGCGGGAAACCCGGUGCGCUUACCCAAAAUCCCUUCAGGCUCAGCCAGUUACAGGCGUUAAACAGGAACUGCUGACAUGCGAUCCUCCUCUUGAAUUGCCAUCUUUCUACAUGACUCCAUCUCAUCGUCAGGUUGUUUUUGAAGGGGACAGCCUUCCCUUUCAAUGUAUGGCUUCUUAUAUUGAUCAGGACAUGCAGGUAUUGUGGUACCAGGAUGGAAGAAUAGUUGAAACUAAUGAAUCUCAAGGUAUCUUUGUUGAAAAGAACAUGAUUCACAACUGCUCAUUGAUUGCAAGUGCCUUAACUAUUUCCAACAUUCAGGCAGGAUCCACUGGAAACUGGGGCUGUCAUGUGCAAACUCGACGUGGGAACAACACUAGAACUGUUGACAUUGUAGUAUUAGAAAGCUCUGCCCAGUACUGUCCUCCAGAGAGGAUAAUAAACAAUAAAGGUGAUUUCAGGUGGCCUAGAACAUUGGCAGGCAUCACUGCCUACCUCCUGUGUACUCGGAACAGUCCUGGCAGCGGCAUUUAUCCUGGAAAUCCGCAGGAUGAGCGGAAAGCCUGGCGCAGAUGUGACCGAGGGGGCUUCUGGGCGGAGGACGACUACUCCCGGUGCCAGUAUGCAAACGAUGUCACUCGCGUUCUCUACAUGUUCAAUCAGAUGCCCCUCAAUCUUACCAAUGCUGUGGCUACAGCUAGGCAGCUUUUGGCUUAUACUGUGGAGGCAGCAAAUUUCUCUGACAAAAUGGAUGUUUUAUUUGUGGCUGAAAUGAUAGAGAAAUUUGGAAGAUUCACCAAAGAGGAAAAAUCAAAAGAGCUUGGUGAUGUCAUGGUAGAUAUCGCAAGCAACAUCAUGUUGGCUGAUGAGCGGGUUUUGUGGCUUGCACAAAGAGAAGGAAAAGCUUGCAGUAGAAUUGUUCAGUGCUUGCAACGAAUUGCUGCUUACAGAUUGGCAAAUGGAGCUCAUGUAUAUUCCACUUAUUCACCAAAUAUUGCUCUGGAAGCUUAUAUCAUCAAAGCCACCAGUUUCACUGGAAUGACAUGCACCGUGUUCCAGAAAGUGGCAACAUCUGAUCGGACUGGACUAACCGAGUAUGGAAGAAGAGAUCCUGAUGGACAUUUAGACAAGCAACUGAGCUUCAAGUGUAAUGUUUCUAAUACAUUUUCAAGUUUGGCACUAAAGAAUACUAUCGUAGAAGCAUCUAUUCAGCUUCCUCCCUCCCUUUUCUCACCGAAGCAUAAAAGGGAAACCCGACUGGCUGAGGAAUCUAUUUACAAACUUCAACUUAUUGCAUUCCGCAAUGGAAAGCUUUUUCCAGCAACAGGAAAUUCAACAAAUCUGGCUGAUGAUGGAAAGCGACGGACAGUGGUCACCCCUGUGAUUCUCACCAAAAUGGAUGGAAUAAAUAUAGAUACUCAACACAUUCCUAUUAAUGUCACAUUACGUCGGAUUGCACACGGAGCAGAUGCUGUCGCAGCGCAGUGGGAUUUUGAUUUGCUGAAUGGACAAGGGGGCUGGAAGUCAGAUGGCUGCCGCAUCCUCUCAUCAGACGAAAACGUGACGACAAUUCAGUGCUACUCUCUCACGAGCUACGCAGUGUUAAUGGAUUUGACAGGAUCUGAAAUAUAUUCCCAGUCAGCUGAUCUAUUACAUCCUGUUGUAUAUGCCACUUCUAUAAUUCUUCUCUUAAAUCUGUUAAUGAUCAAUGUCAGUUAUAUAUAUCAUCACAGUUUGAUUAGGAUCAGCCUUAAAAGCUGGCACAUGCUGGUGAACUUGUGUUUUCACAUUUUCCUGACUUGCGGAGUGUUUGUUGGAGGCAUAACUCAGACCCAGAAUGCUAGCAUCUGCCAAGCAGUUGGAAUAAUUCUCCAUUACUCUACACUUGCCACAGUACUGUGGGUGGGAGUGACAGCUAGAAAUAUCUAUAAACAAGUCACUAAAAAGGCUAAGAGAUGUCAGGAUCCUGAUGAGCCUCCACCUCCACCAAGGCCCAUGCUCAGAUUUUACCUUAUUGGUGGUGGUAUUCCUAUCAUUGUGUGUGGAAUAACAGCGGCAGCUAACAUCAAGAAUUACGGCAGUAGGCCGAAUGCACCAUAUUGCUGGAUGGCUUGGGAACCCAGCAUAGGGGCCUUUUAUGGACCUGCCAGCUUUAUCAUUUUCAUAAACUGCAUGUACUUUCUGAGCAUAUUUAUUCAGUUGAAACGACACCCUGAACGCAAAUUUGAACUAAAAGAGCCAGCUGAGGAACAGCAAAGAUUGGCAACCAGUGAACACGGAGAAGUAAAUCAUCAGGACUCAAUGUCGUUAUCAUUGAUUUCUACAUCGGCAUUGGAAAAUGAACACACUUUUCAUUCUCAGCUUUUGGGAGCCAGUCUCACUCUACUUUUAUAUGUUGCAUUGUGGAUUUUGGGGGCCUUGUCUGUUGCUUUAUAUUACCCUCUGGACUUGGUUUUUAGUUGUUUCUUUGGAGCCACUUGCUUAAGUCUUAGUGCUUUUGUCAUGAUGCAUCAUUGUGUUAACAGAGAAGACGUUAGACUUGCCUGGAUCGCCACUUGUUGCCCUGGAAGGAGCGCCUACUCUGUGCAAGUCAACAUCCAGCCCUCUGGUUCCAUCGGGACGAAUGGAGAAGCUCCUAAAUGCACUAAUAGCAGCGCAGAGUCUUCGUGCACAAAUAAAAGUGCAUCGAGUUUGAAAAAUUCCUCACAAGGCUGUAAACUGACAAAUUUGCAAGCUGCUGCAGCCCAGUGCCAUAGCAAUUCUCUUCCACUGAAUACUGUGCCUCAGCUUGAUAACAGUCUAACUGAACAUUCAGUAGACAAUGAUAUUAAAAUGCACGUGGCCCCAGUAGAAGUUCAGUUUCGAACAAAUGGGCACCCAAGCCGACAUCAUAAAAACAGAAGCAAGGGACAUCGUGCCAGCAGACUCACGGUCCUGAGAGAAUACGCCUAUGAUGUCCCCACCAGCGUGGAAGGGAGUGUGCAGAACGGUUUGCCCAAGAGUCGACCGGGCAAUAAUGAAGGACAUUCGAGGAGUAGGAGAGCUUAUUUAGCUUACCGUGAGAGGCAGUAUAACCAGCCUCAGCAAGACAGCAGCGAUGCUUGUAGCACGCUUCCCAAAAGCAGCAGAAAUUUCGAAAAACCCAUUGCUACCAGUAACAAAAAGGAGUUAUUAAGAAAGCCUAUAGUGGUUGAGCUGGAAAGCCAACAGAAGUCCUAUGGCCUAAACCUGGCUAUCCAAAAUGGACCACUUAAAAACAGUGGCCAGGAUGGACCCCUGCUGGGUACAGACAGCACUGGCAAUAUUAGGACUGGAUUAUGGAAGCAUGAAACUACUGUGUAGCCUUGUUGUGCUUCGGUGAGGGAAGUUUGUGUGAACUGUGAUAGACAUUCCUUUAAUCUAUAAACAUUUUUUUUAAAAACUGUUUACAGGCACCUUAGGGUGGAGAAGAGAAUUUGUGAAAAAAACUUUUAUAAUUUUGGAUGAUACUUAUAAAUGUUUUUACUUAAAAAAAGUUACUUUUCUGUGAAUUUUAUUUUUUUAGCAUUGUUUUAUUCAAAAAGGCAGAACGGGACAUUUUGUAAAUCUGAUGUGCAACUUCUUGAACUUCUUGAUAUAAUGUCUAUAUCAUGUUUAAAGUUUGUAUUUAAGUAAUAAAUAGCGCUUGUUUUUUCCCAUUGUUUCAAUUAUUAUAUUUUUAUAUGUCAGUACUUACCAUCGUUCUUACUGUAAAAAUUUAGACAGUUGGUAGUUUUAGAUUUUCAGUACAAUUAUACAUAAAUAAUAACAGGUCUUGAAUUCAGAUUGUUGGUGCUUUGACUUUUUCAUGUGAAACAAAUAUGUUGAGGAUCUUUUAAAUAUUUACUAACUUUAAGAAAAGCAACUUAAACUUAGUAAAUAAAGUAGCUUUGUUUCUGGUAUAGUAAUGCUCAUUGUGAUUUUAUUUUAUUUUAUUUUAUUUUUUCUAAAUUACAUUUAUUUUGUUAUGUCACCUUGGUUGAUUUUGCUGUUUCUGAUUAAUUGGAUCUUAGCUAGCAUUCUGUUCACAUUUUGUUAUAUAGUUAAACUGAUAAUCCUAUUACAUAAAUUACCCUCUGAGAAUCAAUUAGCAAACAUCUUUUAGGGGAGACACUGAUUUACGGUAGCUUUAAUACUGGCUUGUAAUAAUAAUCCUAAAUGGAUGAUGCAUGUAAGCUGGUGUGUUCCAUUUGUUUCCAUAGUCAGUACCACAGAGAGUCUGGGAUCUAAAAGAUAUUUGUUGAGCAUUUCCCUCUUUUGCAUUAUUCUCUCUGGGUCUUCAUUAAUUUCCUGAGGAUAACUUGCACAAAGUCUACACUGAAAUUUACUUGCAAAAUCAAAUUCAUUUGCCUCACUUCUUUGUUCAUGCAACUCCUUUUGAAACUGAAGAGGGUAGGGGUAGUCUAGCAUCAUGAAAGGCCAGUAGAAGUCAAGUACAUUAUGAUCAUAAAGCAUGCUGAUGUACAAGCUUUUGGAAUAGAUGUGUACUAGCAACUCAGUGUCUUUACCUGCAGAACAUGAAAGAGUUAAUUUACCUCCUAUAAAUGAAUCUCAUUGAUUAAAAUAUAUACAGAAAAAUCGAUUCGUUGUAGAGGAGAUAGAGUAGACAGAUAUACUAUCACCUUCGUUUUUUAUUCUAUACCUUAGUUUUUUGGGAUAUCUUUUUUUUCAGAGGGUUUAGAUACUUCUCUCUGAACUAAAUUUCUAGUGAAGAAAGUCAGCCCAAGUCAGAUCUCAAGGAUUAAAAUCUGAAGAUAAAAAGACACAGUCAUCUUAAACACAGACUAUAGAAAGGUCAAUGUCUUUGGAAUCAUGGCUCUAGGGUUUAAUUCUUAACUCUUGUUAUUUACUGUCUGUAUACAAGCCACAUAACCUCUCUGGACUUCAGUAUUUUUCAUCUGUAGAAUGAAAACAAAUAAUUUAGAUAGACUCAAAAAUCCCUUAGAACUUUAAGUUUAUGAUUUUAGGAGGAAGGGGAAUUGUCUAGUUAUAGAAGGAACUCGUUAAUUGACUUGGGUUUAAAGACAGUAUAUGGAAGAUGGAAGCAGGUAACUGAAAAUGAAUAAAAAGAGUCAGCAUAAAUUGUGGUAUUGAAAAAAGCUAGGGCAACACAAGGAUUUUUUAAAAGCUGUGUUCAAGAAUAGAGGAAGGUCAAAGAUACUCCAGGAUUACCAGUUGGGUUAUUAGGAUAGCAUAUAGAUAAUACAAAGAGGAAAACAAUUGAGCCCUUAUUAUACUUCUGCUUGUUUUUUUUGUUUGUUUGUUUUUUUGUUUGUUUGUUUGUUUUUGCCAAGGAGAAUGAACUUUGGAUCAGAAAGGAUAGAAUUAAAGUAGUUAAUAGAGAUUUGCUAAUUAAAAAAUAGUAAUGACUUUUUAUGAAUUCAAGCUAUGAAGAUCAUAUUAAAUACAUCACAGUUUGGAAGUUAUAAUUGUUUAUUUGUGGUCUUGAGAGCAUCAUGGAUAUUAAGGGAAUUUACGAUUAAAUGCUAAAUGUCCCAUCUCAAAAAAAAAAAAAAAAAAAAGAA